CAAUGGAAAACCACGAAUAGUAUUUAACUGUUCCUUUCAAUAUAAAGGCAUGUCAUUGAACAGCCAGCUCCUUCCUGGUCCACAAUUAGGCCCCUCCCUACUUGGCGUUUUACUCCGGUUCCGUCAGUAUCCAGUGGCAAUCAGUGGUGAUAUAAAAUCCAUGUUUCACCAAAUCAGGCUACUACCAGAAGAUCGCCCUUUGCUACGCUUCCUGUGGCGCAAUAUGCAGAGGUCAAAUCCACCUGACAUCUACGAAUGGCAAGUUUUGCCCUUUGGUACAGUAUGUAGUCCAUGUUGCGCAACAUAUGCCUUACAAAGGCAUGUCCACGAUCACCAAGAAGGUUAUGAGGAUAUACUGAAUUCUAUACUUCAGUCAUUUUAUGUUGACAACUGCCUAGAGAGUUUCCCAAAUGUGCAAGCUGCAAAAAGUCAGCUAGAUCGAAUGCGUUCCUUACUUAUGAGUGGGGGAUUUGAAAUCAGACAGUGGGCAAGUAAUCAGCCUGAUGUGGUCCGACACCUCCCAUGUGAAGCUAGAGCUGAGAGUUCUGAACUAUGGAUCAAUCAAGAUUGUUUGGACCCAAAAGAAGGAGCUUUGGGUCUAAGUUGGCAUUGUCCUUCUGAUUCUUUAGGAUAUAGAUCUAGAACUGUGGAAUGUAAACCAGUAACCAUGCGCAAUAUUUACAAAGCUCUUGCAAGUCAAUAUGAUCCACUUGGUUACAUAAUUCCCUUCAUAACGAGAGCUAAAGUUAUUAUACAACAACUUUGGAUGAAACCCAGAGACUGGGAUGACCCUCUCAUGCCAGAUUCCAUUCAAAAGGCCUGGAAGGCCUGGGAAACGGAGCUUCCUGAUUUAUCUUUGAUCCAACUUCCCCGUUGUUAUUCAUUAUUACCCUCAGAACAAAUCAAGUCCAGGGAGUUGCAUAUUUUUUGCGACGCCUCAGAGAAGGCAUAUGGCUCCGUAGCCUAUCUGCGGAUGGAAACUGAUAAGAGCGUGGUCCAAACUUCCUUUAUCAUGGCAAGGUCUCGAGUAGCCCCAAAAAGGCAAAUAUCCAUUCCCCGCCUAGAACUUUGUGCUGCUCUAACAGGUGCCCAACUUUCAAAACUCUUGCAAACUGAACUGACUCUUCCUUUAACAAGUACUAUCUUAUGGUCAGAUUCCACAACUGUUUUAUCUUGGCUGCAUUCUUCCUCCUGUCGAUACAAAGUGUUUGUAGCAAAUAGAGUCACAGAAAUCUUGGAGCUUACCGAUCUUUCUUCUUGGAGAUAUGUUCCAUCUGGGCAGAAUCCAGCAGAUGACAUUACUAGAGGGAGUAGCCUUGUUGAGUUAGCCAAGCCUGCCCAUAGAUGGCGACAAGGCCCAACGUUCCUGAAACAUUCGCCACAUGAAUGGCCACAAAAUCUAAUAUCCAGCCCUGCUAGCCCUGACCCUGAACUCCGCAAACCACUCUUUUGUGGGUUAACACAGUCAGAAGAUCUUGUGCUUCCAGACCCAAGUCGUUUUAAGUCAUGGUCAGAAUUGAAGUCCGCAACAACUGAGCUCCUGCGACAGCACAAUCCAGAUUCCUUUGAUACUUCCUCUGUUGAAACCUUACUUUUAAAGCAAGCACAGCAACAAAGUUUCCCCUCAGAGUACCAGUGCUUGAAGCAAGGUAAACCUGUUGAAGCUCAAAGUCGCCUUCUUACCCUUUCUCCAGAACUGAAUGAAAAAACAGGACUUAUUGUAGUGGGCGGAAGGCUAAGACGAGUAAAGGAUAUUGAACCAGGAAUUGUUCAUCCAGUUGUUCUUGACCCUAAACAUCCAUUGUCCCAGUUAAUUGUAAAAGAUUAUGAUGAGAAACUGUUCCAUCCUGGCCCAGAGAGAGUUUUCUCAGAACUUCGGCGAAACUACUGGAUAAUUAAAGGGAGACAAGCUGUAAAGAAACAUCAGUGGUCCUGCUUAGAAUGCAAGAAGUGGAGAGCUAAACCAUCUAUUCCACAAAUGUCAGAUCUCCCCUCCUCAAAGCUCCAAUUGUGUAAACCCCCAUUUUGGUCCACUGGAAUGGACUGUUUUGGCCCCUUUCAUGUUAAGGUUGGUCGUAGGACAGAAAAAAGAUGGGGCAUCCUUUUCAAAUGCCAGACCACUAGAUGUCUACAUAUUGACUUGUUAACUAGUCUAGAUGUGGACAGUUUCCUGAUGGCACUACGUCGAUUUAUAUCUAGGAGAGGUAAGCCCUACGAAAUUCUUAGUGAUCAAGGGAGUAAUUUCCGUGGUGCUGCAAGAGAAUUGAAGGAAGUCUAUCAGAAUCUUACCACUGAACUACAACUUAAAUUGGAAAAUCAACAGAUUACAUUUAAGUUUAACCCACCACAAGCCCCUCAUUUUGGAGGCUCAUGGGAGAGAGAGAUCCGUUCAAUAAAAACAGCUCUGCGAGUGGCACUUGGCAAUCAAACCAUAUCAGAGGAAGUCUUACGAACAGUCCUGACAGAAAUUGAAGGAGUUUUAAAUUCAAAACCUCUUGGAUAUGCCUCAUCUAACAUCUCAGACCUCGAUCCCAUCACCCCAAAUUUGCUCCUUAUGGGGCGGCGGGACUCUUCUCUGCCACAGGUGAUUUAUGCCAAUACAGAGUUCCUUAGUCGUAGAUCUUGGCGUCACAGCCAAAUCCUUGCUGACAGAUUCUGGACAUCCUUUAUUCACAAUUAUUUGCCAGGUCAACAACUGCGGCAAAAAUGGAAUAGGGAACAGCCCAAUUUGAAUGACUCUACAGUUGUCUUAGUUAUUGAUCCUCAACUUCCACGAGCAUCAUGGCCUGUUGGCAGGGUAGUACGUCUCCUACCCAGUCAGGAUGGACGUGUUAGAGCAGCUGAGAUUAAUAUUAAUGAUAAACUUUAUGUACGCCCUGUUGCCAAGUUGAUUCCAUUACCCAAAAUAGAGGAUUAAUAGCAAAUACAUUACUGUAUUUGGGGGCGGCUGUUGUGAAUUAGACUAUUUUUCCCUUUUUCUCCUUUAUACUACAUUUCCUACAAUCCCUUGCAGACUGCAUCACCAUUUUUUGUGUACUCCAUUACCCAUAAUCCUCAGCUGAGGUCUAUAAAUAGACCUCAUUUCCUUUCUUUGUUCUUUUGUAUUGGUGAGGUGUGGGCCUGAAGAUGAGCACUCAAUCAUGUUUGUUUGAGUGUUUUCCACAAGAUGUGUAAUUGACCAGAAAACCAUCUUUAUCAUCCUGUGUAUUAUAAGCAUUCUGCUUAUCCUGUGGAACCUGUGUAAUGUGCAUCCAGUUUUAAUGUCAACAAGAAUAAAUGAAAGCAAAAGGAAUGGUAUCU